AUGUGGUUCCUUACCUCAAAUAGUGAGAGUAGAAUAAUUUACGUUAACGAAAAUAAAAAUGUCACGGUAGGUCGAAGCAUUGAUGCUCAGAAUAGUAAUUUUGCAGUUCCUGAUGAUCCCUCUCUAAGUAGGAAGCAUGCAACGUUGUCUGUCAAGGAUGGUGAACUUGUCCUUCGCGAUCUAGGAUCAAAGUAUGGAACUUAUAUCAACAAUAAUCUUGAGAAAGUGGUCAGUGAGGUUGACCACAUAAUAAAUUCUGGUGAUGUUGUAAAAUUUGGUAAAAUGAACUGUAUAUGGAAAGUAAAUCAACUUCAUUUCAUAACAUGCACCUCCACUCUAAAGGGGGAAAAUCUUCAAACUUUAAGCGUACAUCUAGUGAAGCUAGGGGGAGAAUUAAAAAAUAACUGGGAUGACACAUGUUAUUAUUUAACUAUGCCUGCAAUAACAUUAACAAUAAAAGUUGUGUUAGCAUUAGUGCAAGGCUCACAUAUUGUGACAACAGAAUAUUGGAAGAAGUGUCUUGAAGCAGUGAACACAAAUGGGCCUUUACCAAGUCCAAAAGACUUUGUGCCUCAAAUUGUAGAAACUACAUUAAAUAAAGAAAUUGUUUCAUUUUUACCCAAUGAUCAGAGACAAGAGCUUUUUGGUGGAAAAAGCUUUGUUUUUUUCUCAAAGAGACAGAUGGAAAUGUAUGAAGUGGUAUUGUUGAAAAGUUCUGCUAAACCUCUUUUAUUAAGUGAAUGCAAAAUGACAAAGUCGGGUCUUUGUGAACCAAAUGUUAUUGUUAUACAGUAUAAUAUAACAUCAACUUCUCAAGAAAGCCAAGCUCAAAAAGAACAAAUAAAUAAUAUUGUUGGAUUUUUAAAAAGCAAGGGCAAAAGGUUAAUACCAGAUCCUGAAAUUGGUUUGGCAAUUCUUUACUGUUCCACCAAUAAGUAUUGUAAUCCCGAUUUUAAUUUUACAUCAGAAGUUAUUAAGCAAGUAACUGGUGCUGCUGUUAAAAGUAAUAAAAUUUUAGCACCAGAGACACAAGAAUCAUCACAAGAUUCUCAUAAGAAAGAAAAUGUUGUAAUAAAUGAAAGUUUAAAUUCCAAAAAUGACACUGUUUCUGAAAUUUCAAAAAAAAAAAGGAAAUUAAGUGUUGAAAAUGAUGACAGCUUCAGUAAUAAAAAAAUUCACGCUCAUAGUGUUUCAUCAUAUGAUGGAAAAAAAAGGGUAGCUGAGGAAGACUUAAGCAACAGUUCUAAAAAAAUUGCAUUAAGUAAUGAUGAUGAUGAUGGAAUAUUCAACUUUGUUACUAAUGAAACAAACAAGAAUACAGAUAAAAAGUUAAAUUUGGCCAAACCAUCUAAAAGAAAAAUGGCUAGUGAAGAUGAUGAUGACCUAUUCAAUUUUUUGGGAAAAAAGAAACCCUGUACAGAAACUAAUUUAAUUAAUGAAAAGGAAUUAAUACCCGAGACAAAUAUUGUUAAAGUAGACAAUGUUAAGGUGGAGGAAUUGCGUGGCACUAAAUUACAAGAAUUAAUGGAAAAAAACUCUAACCUUGUUAACACAAGGACAAUAAAGAAGGAGGAUAUAUCAGAUUUGGAUGAAAAGUUUCAUAACAUUGAUAUUGGCAGUACUACAAUUAUCUUAAGGAAUGACCUAAUCAUAAAAAGAGAACCUAUUGAAAUUAAACCAAUUCUGGGUGAAGUUAAGAAUUUCAAGAAGUUUAAAAAAGUUUGGCCUCCCAAAAUGCAAGUGUCUAUUAUUUCUUAG